AUGAUGCCUAUCAAUACCCCAAGCCUCUCUCCCAUCACUUCCCCAGCUAGCACACCAAAUAGCCCACCUUCUUCAUCCCAGGCAUGCUUCCCUGAUAGGCCAACAUUGGACACUGCAAUUAGUUCGGGACUGUACAGCCCGCACCCCACCUAUGGGGACAUUACAAGCUGGUGCUUUGCUCCAACGCUAACAGAUUUUUCAAGUCUUUUUAGUGCUGAAACAUUGACUCAUAACAUCAAUGGAUGGGAUGUAUCAAAUGUUGUUGACAUGUCAUACUUGUUUUCGGCUGCUACUUACUCUGGCUCGCUUGAAAGUUGGAAUGUUGCGAAAGUUACAACGAUGGAGGGGAUCUUUUAUAGCUUGUCUGGUUACAAUGAAGACCUCACCAGCUGGAAUACUGCUUCUGUUCGAAACAUGGAGCAGGCUUUUGCAUGGAACUAUGUGUUCAAUGGAAACCUGAACAACUGGAAUGUUGCGGCUGUGACCACAUUUCGUAACAUGUUUAAUGGCGCCACCGACUUUCAACAGGAUCUGAACAACUGGGAUGUGUCAUCUGCCCAAAACAUGGGUUAUAUGUUUGAUGGGACUGUCUACAACUUUGACCUAUCCAAUUGGAAUGUUGCCCGUGUCACUGAAAUGGACGGUAUGUUCCACCAGAAUACUCUACUCAACUCCAACUUUCAAAAUUGGGAUGUAUCCAAAGUGGCGAAUUUCGAUUUCAUGUUUGAUGGAUGCACACUAUUCACUGGAGACAUUAUUAGUGGAUGGGAUGUGUCUUCUGCCACAUCGAUGCAGUUGAUGUUCCGAGAGGCCUCCAGUUUUAACCAGGAUUUGUGUGCCUGGGGGACACAUUUGGGCAGCUCUGUGGAUGUUGGUGGUAUGUUCUUUGAUGCCACAUCAUGCCCUUCCCAAAGUGACCCAAAUCUUUCCGCAUCCCCCAAGGGCCCCUUGUGCUAUGUUUGUACCCCAUGA